AUGGAUCACGAGGAUGUUUCAAAGCUGCGACGCGCAGCGAAACGAAAUGCCAAUGAGGAGCUUAUGGGGGAUAGGGUUAGCGACGGAGAUGCUGAUGAAGAAGGGGUUGUCCAGGAGCCCAAAGGCGUGCAGCUCUUUGACUUUGAUGCCUAUGGAAGGAAGAUCGGAAAGCAGAAGUACGAAGCUACCUUUGGAAGCUCCACCGAAAGUAGCAGCAGCGAAAGUACCAGCAGCUCAGACAGCAGCAGCAGCGCGAGCAGCAGCACCAGCGAGAGUUCCGGCAGCUUUGAAUUUAACGAUGAAGAUUUUGCAGAGAUUGGCCGCCUGCGAAGAGACAGAAUGCCAAAGGCACUCGACCCAAUGGAUCGCCGGCGGAUGUGGGAAUCCUCGUUCUUCAUCAACUCCUUUAUGAACCUCGAAAAUAAGGAUCAGUACUUCUUCUACUCUAUCACUUUUGGCCAUGUCAUCAAGAAAAGAGAGAUUCGUGGCUCUCUACGGCGCCGCUUCUUGUUUACUCCGGGCUAUAGAUUAGGUCCAGGAGAGUAUCGUUCAUUAGCUGCACCCCUAGUGGUUUGGCCCCUGAAGGUCUUUUUGCUGCCUUAUAAUCAGCUACACAACUUUUGCAUUACGGUGGAGCAGUGGAAGAUUAGUGACUUCUCUUUCAAUAGCCUUUAUGCAUCAGCCCGUCUUACUCUUAAGGAAAUAAUAGACUUAGAGCCAGAGUUCCAGCUCCUUUUGAAGCGCAAGCUCCCAGGUCGCAAACGCAGCUACGAAGUUCACAAGAUGCGGGUAUCUCUCCAAUUAAACGAAGUUUUUGACAUUGACAUGGUGUUCGACAGCUGGUGGUUUCUUCCGGACAAAACGAUGCCUAAUAAGCUCAGGAUACAUCCGAAAACAUUGUCACUGAACGUUCCAGUUCAAGGAAGGUCUCAACGACGUGCGAACACUACAACACGAAUUAGCAAGAGCAAUUACUGGUCAUUUGCUGGAUUCUUCUCGUUUCGUGGCACACUGCCCUCCCUUGGUAACCAGUAUAUCGUAGUAUCGGUUGCUUGCCAAUUUGAAAGCCGUUGGCUAAGGCCACCCCUCCAGUUGGGGGUCUGCAUUCUGUCGUUAAAGUCUGUCACAACAUAUCCCCUUUUCAGAGGGGUCGUCAAGAAGCUUACAACAAACCCACGGAAGUUUCAGCAGGGCGAGAUUAUCGGCAAUAUUCGGUGCUUCAUUCGUUCAGUGGGAAUUUUGGGGCACGAAGAUGUGCCUUUCCGACCCAUGCAGACAGUUUCAGGCACCGCGUUGGUGACGCAACUCAACUUAAAAGAGCAAUACCUUGUAGUGAGAGUUUUCAAAUGCGACAAUCUCCCAGUCGCAAACGCUGACUCUUUCAGCUCCAACCCAAUGGUCAAGGUUAAGUGGGAUGGAAUGGUUAAUUCUGGAGCACCACGAGAAAACACUCUUCGCCCGGUUUUCAACCAGAGUUUUUACUUCCCAGUGCGACUCUUAGAUCCAAGAGAGAGGACCAAGGUCUUGUUCAGAAAAUAUACAUUACCUCUAGAUUUGUUCACCAAGGGCGCAUUGUCCUUUGAAGUCUGGGAUUCAGACGAUACAACUUCUGAUUUUCUUGGAGGGACAGAUAUAAGCCUUCACCUUCUCUGGAAAGAAGGCCAACGCGAAACAAGAAGCCUGGCAGUGGGAGGUGAGGAAUCGGACGAAAAGACUCGCCUUCCUGAUGGUAGACCAGCAGAAUUUGCCAACAGGGAUGGAUCCGAUUAUUCAGGAUUCGGCGAUACUGCACUUGGGGAGGAGGAGAGAGUUGUGGUUCCCCCAUACGAGUGGCCAUAUGAAACGCUGGUCCUUAAAAGAGUUCUGGUGUUUUUCAUCCCUCCGAUGCCUGAAGAUGUUGAAAUGCCUCCGCAGCCCGUAGUGAAAAACUCUAAUGAUAUUUGGAUGCAAGUGGAACGCCGCUGGAACAAAGAUUUCCGGCGGUGGCAGAAGAUGUACUUGCAAUGGUUCCCAGAGGCUCCAAAGGAAAGGAGAUUCGUGACUGUUGCCGAACACUCGCAAAGCCGUUUAAUCUUUCCUCUUCCCUCUUUCGUAGUGCCAAUCGCCGUGCCUGCGCAGCUUGCUGUGGAGGGAGAGCUGUUGCACUGGCUAAGUAACAUUGCAUACCUGUUCUCGCCGAAGCAGUUGAGGGAAGGGGAGUUUCCGAGGUGGCAAAGCCCAGCCUCUUUCCUAACUACACGAAGGGGGGGCGUGAAUGACCACGCCGUGCUUCUGUGUAGCUGCCUUCUCGGACUGGAGUACGACGCGUAUGUCUGCAAGGGCACGGUAGAUGGAUGCACCACUGAUCACGCGUGGGUCAUGACCCGCCACGCUGGUGGAUGGAUCAUGUUCUGGGAACCAACUAAUCGAAAGAGACUCUGCCUCCCUUGUCGAUGGGGGUAUCCACCACAAGGGCCACCGGAGACGUUCAAGCCUAAGGAGUCCGUCGAAGAGGCCGCAGAGAAGUACUGGGAAGGAACGUACCUCGAAGAAUGGUUUGCAUGGAUUGAGUGCCAAGCAGCGGCUGCAGCCGAUGCAGCUCGCAUGGCGGCUGAAGGGGCAACUAUCCCCGACACCGAAAUUUGGGGAGAAGACGCAGCCCCAGAUGAGACACUAGACCCCGAGGCGGUGGUAAUGGAAGAGGGAGGAAUCCUUGGAGAGGCGAAAGGCCCUUCAAAAACAAAGCGGGUAGUGCAAAAGGUCGACAAGGCAGAGAUGAGAAAGAUCAUGCAGGAGCAGCUUGACAAGCUUCCCAUUACACCGUUUAAGGAUCUAUUAAUGCCCGAUUCCACGCUCUCCUACGUACCCUACAGUUCCAUUGAGGUAGUAUUCAAUAACUACCAGCUUUGGGGCAACCUACAAAACUUGCAUCCCGCCUGCAUCACUUAUGACUUUGAGGACCUAUGGAAAUGGCGGCCCCUGCUCACAGAACCUGCUGAUCCCAUCGAAACGGAUAUCAUUAUCGCUACCCCAAUUCGCGACAAAAAAUGCCAACUGCUUGCUGACGACCUCGUAGGAAACGUGGUGGAGCACAUCCGCAUGCAGCGCAUUAAGAACGGAAACGACGUUUCAUUUGAGCAUCGAGACGACAUGUUGUCCAAGCUUAUUCUAUAUCUUGAUCUUUUGGAAUUCAGACUUCAUCUCGACGAAGCGCACAACCCGGGGCCGCCUCCCAAUCAUGUUGGAUGGUCAAGCUUUCCAGAAGAAAUGGCAGAUGUAGACGCAUCCGCUAAGACCGACUAUGAGUUUUUUGAUGCAAUGCAAGCCUCCAAUGUACCAAACUUUGAGGAAGGCAUGGCACCCGAUCCCACUAUUCAGGGGGCUUUGCAAAUGAUGGGCGAGGGGCAUAGCCAGUCACAGGGGUUCUUUGAAACCAAUCCACCUCCGGGAGAGUUUUACGAUCCGUUCGCCGCAACUGGCGAGGGGGUUUACGUUGCACCUUAUGAUGCCGCGAAGCUGGGAGGGCAGCAAGGCGGCUACUUGCACCUGCAGUCCCCAGCCACUCCUUCGGGUCCUCCGGCAUAUCAAGCUCCACUCAAUCCUGUGGAUGCUGCUGCUGCUGCCAUGGUCGACUAUCUCACUGAACAGCGCCGAAAAGACCAGGAGGAUGAAAAAUUGAUGAAGGGGUAUAUGGCCGGGGGAGGCGGUUCCAGUUGGAUGAAUCUGAUGAGGAGGGGCAACGAGGACAACAUUGCGCCCUCCGGCCUUCAAUUUAGGCAGGCGCCUCGAAACGCUGCCGAGCCCCCUUCCCGCUCCUGUAGCAUCAAGUCCUUCAAAGCCUGCGAGCAUGAAGCUGGGGGGGAGGGGGGGUCGCAGCUCAGCGAUGCAAACCGCAGUGGGGUUGCUGCUGCGGGCAGCCGAGCGCGCAGGAUACGGAAGCGCGACAGACUUAAACGGCUGCAAACCAUGUUGCAGAAAGCAGCCUCAGAUGGAUUCCGCUUGUUGCAAGGGACCAAGAAGCAGCAACGGGAAGGAACGGACCUAGCAGAGAGUCGGUCAUUCUAUGCUGGGGCCACGGCAGCAGCGGCGGUCGUUACUAGCAGCAAGGGCUGCAGCGCCGAUGCUAUGCCACCCUCCACACCGCCGCUAGUGCCCAAUGCAUCCAUUCCUACUGGACGUCCCAAGGGGAACACAAUUCAGGGAGGUGUUGUCGUAGAGGAUAUGACCGGCCCAGACACCUCGACUCAGUUGAUGCAGAGACUGGCCGAAGGUUCACAAUUGCUGGCUGAAGAACUCAAUGAGCACAUCCGCAACCUGGGGUCAUCGAUGCCUUCUCCCAGAAAAAGCCUCGUUGCCUCGCAAAUAAAGCGCCGUGCGUUGGGACCUUGGCGUCGAGCCGUUGAAGCAGUGCGGAAGCACCGCCAAGAAAAGAAGCGCCAGCCCAGCAGCCACGGACGUGCAGCAGGCCUGAAUGGAGGGGUCGGCUCUCGCGUUUGCGCAGGAGGGAGUUACACUGGAAGUCCUCGUGAUUCUUUAGUCCCUGCCUCUAGUGAACCCUCGGACCAGCGGAAGCGCGCACACCUUCGUCUCAAGGAAGAACUGAGGCGUCGGGUGUAUGAGCAGAUGGAAGCGCGCGCUGCUGCUCACUGGGUCGAUGAGGGCGUCGUUUGUGCCGAAAAGAACGUAAGAUCGCCCGACGACGAGGAGACACAGGGUCUGAUGCGCAUAUUCAAAGCAGGCUUCGACAGCAAUCCCCCCUCGAGCCAUGGCUCGUACGAGACGGCCUCCGAAUAUGCAUCUUCCGAGUCAGCCCCUACGGAAGCGUAUGUCUCUCCUAGCAACAGCUCCAGCUGCAGCAGCCGCACUUCCAGCACCAGCGGUGCAAGCAGCCUUGACGAUCGAGGAGGUGAUGACUUCCUGCGGUGCAUGGAAACCAUAGAGCGGCCAAGUGUUUUUUCGCCGGUGGGUGUCUUCAGCAGAGACCGCCAUAGCAGAGACAGUAGUAUCGCCACUGCAGAAGCAAGCUGUGUUUAUGCCGACGCGGCAACAACUCGAAAUACAUCUACGGAUACAGCUGGCAGUGGCGUAGAGGCUGCCCUUUCCUCAUCGGAUGGAAUGGGCCGGAAGAGCAAGGUCAAUUCUGGAUUCAAGUGGGUGGCCGCAUAUGAAACGGAGCAAAAGGAGACUCGAGCAGGAGCGGCUCGACACCGGCGGCAUCGCGACGUUGUCCUCUCUGUGGCCACACCCGAGGAGAGUUUGCAGCAACAAAUGAAGCUUUAUGAGCGGCCUCAGCUGUCAGCCCCUGAUUCUUCUGGCGUGGCUUCGUUGGACGAGUCUGCAGAGGAGCAGCAAAGAAGCGUGCAUAGCUCCUCGGCGAAAUUCGACUUGGAGGCGAAUCGUGCGCAGUCCUUCAUCAGCGAAAAGGGGACCUUGGAUUCUCUUCCAGAAAGCGAUUGCUGCGAGCGGUCUGUAGCUGAUGAACGUGCAUAUGAACUGCCAUGGCUGGUGUCUCCCCCUGUAAGCACGCUGAAGAGACGCAUGCGGCGCAAAUAUGGUGACAGCAGCAGCAAGGCAGCCAGCAGUUGUGAGUCCAUUGCUGCUCUUAUCGAAUCUUUCGCGCUGCCCAAGAAGGCAGCGCCAUCAGCCUUUGCGAACAAACAGCUGAACGAUAAAGCGCGGGUGUUCCCAGAUGAGGCCGAUACUGCGCCUUCACCUGUCGAAGCAGAAGGUCCCUCUGUUUUGACUCAGAAAGAUGCCGAAGAGGGACCCGACGCAGCAUCCCUGAUGGCGACCGGAAAUUCGAAGAAUGGAAUCUCUGAGCGGAUGCAGCAAGUCUACGCGUCUUGUUUGCAGCGAGCCAAGAACUCCUUGCCCUCCGGAAAGGCGUACUGUAGGGCGUUGAGCCUUAGCGCACCGGCUUUUAAGCGCUCGAUUACGUUGCCCAAGGCUGGUGCCGAUUCUUCUCAGUGCUCGGCCGCGUCCCUUGUAGGCGCUGCUGCCAUCCCUAGGGCAGAAGCAACCCGUUCCGAGCGUGAAGGCAGCAACUUCAGCAGCAGCAGUUCUGUGACGCUUGAAAAUGCUGGAAGCGACGCCACCGCGAGUACUCCCAUGGAUCCCGUGUCAACAGGUGCAACUGCUGUCUCAGCACUCUCUGUUGCGGCUACUUCGUCUGCUCCGGCUGCCCCUCACUCCAGCGCCACUGAGGGAGUGCCUGCCCCCAGUUCGCUCCGGGCCACGGGUGCAGCACCUACAAGAAGAGGGCCUCUUUUUACAGCGUGCAAAGACCAUGAAAUGAUGCUCGACAUCGACUACGAUCAAGUCCGCCAGAAUUGGGGAGGCCCCCAGAGCUUCGCUUCAGGCCCGCCGCCUUCACCCGAAGGAAUGAUAUACAAUCCGCUAACGGGGACGAACGAAUACGACUAUGCGGUGACACGUACAGGUGGAAGACCCUACGGCAACAUGCCCUUCGGCGCUACUCUGCAGGUGGCCGGGCCUGUUAACGCCAUUCCGUUAAAUCAAGGGAGAGUUGAAAGUGGCCACAGGGAAGGCGCCUUUCGCGUGAAUCCAAGCACGGGCCAGAAGGAGUUUGUUGAUGGCGGAGGCCAGGACCGCGCAAGAAUGUUUGGUGCAACUGAUUUCAUCGAUUCUGGUGCUUCUGCCCGCCCGAAUUUCAAGGCAGACGGGCGUCCUGAGGGCUUCAACAUGGCUUACGCAAGGCAAAAAUACGAAGCUGGCGUCCCAGCAGGGACAGAGCCGGUGAUGGCGGGAGGCCGGAUGGAUGUCAACUACGCACAGGAACUUGAUCAAGGGUUUCAGGGGCUAGAUCCAUAUGGGGAGCUCCUUGAGCCUCCUAAGGUCCUCCCCAAGGAGUACGUGGAAUUCGAUGGGGGUGUGGACCUCGCACGGAUGGGCUUGGCAACCGGAGGCCAAAGGAGUAAAGUCAUCAGAAAGAAAGAGCCUACAGAUGUGUCUGCCUUGCAAGAACCAGACGAUGCAGGAACCGCGUGUCCCGACGGAAUGGAGAAUGCCAGUGUCUAGCGGAACCUACGCCGCCGAACAGGUUGCCAAAUGGAAUUGGAACAAGUGUAUUUCUUGUGGCAGCAGAAUGUCUUCCCAGUAAAACCGAAUCAUGUGUUUUGUGGCUUUCCAAUCCACCUAGCGACGGCAGAUACCACGGAAAUUCGGAGCUACUUGGGGGGUGCCAGGCGUUUUCGCCGCUUGCUGGACAUGCCAGUCGAAAACAUUUCCUACGUGGUGACUGGCAAGUGCUUCCCGUUAAUGGGGGGUGUCAUCAGCACAUGGCUCUUUUUCGGUGCUCAAGUACCCCUGGCGUCCGCGCAAGAACGAAAGAGCCACAUGAAACGUAUAAAGAAACCUCCUCACACAAAACAAAGGAAGAAUCCUGCAGUGGAAGCCGAAGACGGAGGCCAGGUGGCGGCUGCGAGAGCUCAGGCUCCUGGCUAG